GCAGGAUAGGGACAUUCAUCGCUCAUGGGGAGUUACAAUGCAGCGUCGCUGCAAAAGACCCCUGAGGCGUUUAUUUGGCCUUUUUUUACUUUUCUGGCUUGUUUCUACGGCGUAUCUCUCUAUAUUCGCUCCCCUUUGGAUAAGCAUCGCUAGUCCCGCCCUAUUGAACCAUGUUGGCAUCGCUCAUUCGAGAGUUCUCCUUAGACCAGGAACUGACGUGGGCGGAGUGUUUCUUCAUGUAACAGCGAUGGUCCCUUGCUGUGUUCAUGGGACUCACAUGAGGAUCACUGCACCGCCAGCUGUCCCUGUGCACAGAUCUAGACUAUCAACCAGCCUCCAGUAUGUACCAUACCGGACCGGGCGGUUUCACAAUCAAGAGGUGACAGAGGAACCAGUCAAUGUGCCGCGAUUGGGAGGAGAGAUGGCGUUCUUUCCAUCGGUCUCUGGAACCAUUAUCCAACGUUGACGAUUCUUGUGACCUGGUCAUGACAUCAUCUCUGAGUGCAAAGGGUAAGUAGUUCGUACAGAGGAUUGGUAAAAUCAUUCUUCAACUCGAUUGGCAGAAUAACAAAUAGCCAGAAGCUCGCUCGAAAGAUCCGAUAGGAAAGUCCGGGGCGUUACUCAAAGCAUCGAAUGAAUUGUGUCUUUGCAGGUUUCCUUUACGGGGAAACGCAUCCAAAUCCGGAUAAGGUAGGAGAGCCAAAUGGCCAUAGCUGGAUGGAUGAUGGAAUGGUUCGAGUAGUAGACCAGAUCGCAAGUAGGGUCAGUCAACCAUGGAGCCAACACCUACUCACUUCAGGUAGACUCGUGUAUCCGGACCCCUUGCAUUACGCCCACACCGUCUUGAAAGAGGGAUAAUGAACGAUCAUUAAUAUCCAGGAGCUCAUUAGCUAGAUAGAUAACCUGUAGACGCUAUUAGACAAACAGUAAGUUAAAC